AUGUCGCCUCAAAAUCCACUACCAUCAGUCACCACCAAGACAGUACCUGGUCCUGCUCCCAAUGGCAUGGGCAACGGUCUGUUCGCGACCGAAGACAUAAAGGUUGGCGGGGAUGUCGUGCAUGCCCAAACACCCUUUGUCGCGGUUCUGGAUUCAUCACGUUUGGACGAUACCUGCUCCGGCUGCUUUGGUAAACGCCAAAUGAAGGAAGGAAAUGCGGAUUUGAAGGCCUGUACUGGGUGUAGAGUGGUUAGAUAUUGUGAUCGGACUUGCCAGUCUAAAGACUGGAAAUUUGCGCAUUCUAUGGAAUGUAAAGUCUUCCAGAAGGUCCAGCCCCAGAUCUUGCCCAACAAUGCUCGUGCUUUAUUGCGCAUAGUCCUGCGGACUGGCAAGGGGAAAUACUCUCCUCAAGAAAUGGGCGUUUUCUCCAACCUGGAAACUCACAUUGCCGAGAUUCAGCAGAAUCAGGAGCACAUGGAUCGUGUUACCCUCACAUCCAAAGCUGUCAAAAAUUAUUCAGAAACUGAGAUGCCUGAGGACGAUUUAUCGGCCUAUGCUACCAGGCUGGAACUGAAUUCCUUCAAUCUCACAACAGCGCUAUACGACCGCAUUGGUCUCUAUUUCCACCCAUACGCAGCCCUGAUCAACCACAGCUGCGACUACAACGCAACGGUCGGGUUUGACGGCGAAGAUCUAUACAUAAAAGCAAUCAAGCCUAUCAAAAAGGGUGAUCAAAUAUUCAUCUCCUACAUCGACACCACGACCCCCUGCCACGUCCGUCGCGGCGAGCUCCUAGACCGUUACUUCUUCACCUGCCAGUGCACUAAAUGCAUCAACGCACCUGAAACAGAAACUCUCUCAACAGCUGGCGACAAGGACGACCCCACAGCCUUAGUCGAUGUAGCAGAGCGCGAGGCCCUCCAACUCCUCCAAACUGCCUCCGCCGAAUCCCCCACAGACGCAAUCAAAUCCCUAACAUCAGCAAUUCAUCUCCUCGCCUCACACCCUCAUUGGCCCCUCACCCGCCAACCAUAUCCCCAGCUCCGAGACCAGCUCAUUCUCUCCUACCUCGCAACAAACGAUUUCAGCGCCGCAUUCAUCCACGCCGCGAUCCGCUACCUGCGCGUUGAUCCGCUGCUCUACAGCCCCGCUCAUCCGAUCCGGCACCUCCACGCGUGGGUCCUGGCGAAGCUGGCCAUCUUCCUCUCCCAAAGCUUUGUGACGAGUCCGUCAGAUCCAGUGCGGCUAGAAAAUUAUGGGAUUAAUUUCCAUUUCGUGCUUUGGUAUGUGCUGGCUGAUUUGGCUAGUCGGCAGUUAGAGAGUUGUACUGUGCCUGGGUUUAGGAGGCUUGUUGGGGAGAACUUUGGGCAGGUGAAUGGGGAGUUUGUGGGACAGGGGAUUGAUUUGAGUAAGAAUGCGCAGGCUAAGGGGCUACUUGCUGAAGCUUGGAGAAAACUUGAGAAGGUUGUUGAGGCUGCUUUGGAGAGGGAAUAG